AAAAAAUAAAAGAAAAGCCGUGUUCCAGGAGUCCGUCCAGUAGAAAAAUUGUAUGGCUUGAGCGGUGAUGUGAUGUGAAUCAUCAUCAUCGUUUCGUACAAAUACUCUUAGAGAAAACCCUAAUUUUCUAGCUCCCAAGGGUUUUUAAUUUCAUUCUCAAUUUCUCAUACUCCUUAAUUCCUUUCUUCAAAACGACGACGAUGAUGCAUAACUCAACCGACGAAUCGGAAUGGGAGGUGAGACCUGGUGGUAUGCUCGUCCAACGAAGAGACGACGACGCUGCUCCUUCCGACCAACCUCCUCCUCCUCCCCAGGAUCCCGACUCUGCUUCCGCCGCCUUUUCUCAAACCAUCAGAAUCAGCGUUUCCCAUGGCUCAUCCUCCCACCACGAUCUUCAUGUUUCUGCUCACGCCACUUUCGGGGAUGUGAAGAAAGCCAUUGUUCAGAAAACUGGAUUGGAAGCUAGUGAACUCAAGAUCUUGUUCAGGGGAGUUGAGAGAGACGAUGCUGAGCAAUUGCAAGCUGCUGGUGUUAAGGAUGCGUCUAAGCUUGUCCUCGUUGAAGAUCAGAACAAGAGAGUGGAACAACAACAAGUUGAACAGCCUCCUGUGGUAACUGAAGAGAUGAAAAAGGCGAUUGCUGCAAUUCUUGUAGUCACAGAAGAGGUCGAUAAGCUUUCAGAUAGGGUUGUUGCUUUAGAAGUUGCUGUGAAUGGAGGAACUAAAGUUGCAGUAAAGGAGUUUGAUAUGACUGCUGAGCUUCUCAUGAGGCAGUUGCUUAAAUUGGAUGGCAUCAAUGCAGAAGGAGAUGCUAGGUUACAGCGUAAGGCAGAGGUACGUAGGGUGCAAAUAUUGCAGGAGAGUGUGGACAAGCUCAAGGCAAGAUGUUCAAAUCCGUUUGUGGAUCAGAGUAAAGCCGCAGCUGUAAGCACUGAGUGGGAAUCGUACGGAAACGGGGUGGGAAGCUUGAACCCUCCUCCGCCAGCUUCUCCUUCUGCCAAUGUAACUCAAGAUUGGGAGAGGAAUGACAAACAUGGAUGAUCCGGUACAGUUCGAUGGAUUACCUAAAUGGAUUGAAUGAGUAAUGUGUGGAUUUGAAUUUGAUGUACCAAAUUGAUCUGCUACAGUUGGAUCGAUUACCCAAUUUGUGUAGUUUUUAUUUAUCAAAUAUUUGAUGGACCAAAUGAGUAAUGGUGCAAUUCGUAUUA